CCCCUUUGACUUAGAAUGUCAUAUCUGCCAGAAUAAUGGGCUGCAAAACUAACACGCUGAUCGUGCUGUUGAUCGUGCUCCUGAUCGUGGUCUACAAGUGGUGGCAGCCCACGGCCGGCGGCACCAAUCCGGAUGUCCUGCCCGUGGUCCUGUGGCACGGCAUGGGCGACACCUGCUGCGUGCCCUUCAGCCUGGGCGCCAUCAUGAGCCUCAUCGUCGAGCAGACGAAGGGCGGCUAUGUGCGGUCUUUGGAGAUUGGCGGCAAUCCGAUCUUGGACUGGGAGAGCGGCUUCUUCAUCCAUCCCGACAAGCAGGUGGAUUGGGUAUGCAAGCAGUUGCUGCAGGACGAGCGGCUGGCCAAGGGCUACAAUGCCAUUGGCUUCUCGCAGGGCGGCCAAUUCCUGCGGGCGGUGGCCCAGCGAUGCCCACAGCCGCCAAUGAGGACCCUCAUCAGCUUGGGCGGCCAGCACCAGGGCAUCUUCGGGCUGCCCAUGUGCCCCACCCUCAGCCAGAAGUCCUGUGACUACAUCAGCCGGCUCCUUAACAGUGCCGCCUACUCGGAGGAGGCCCAACAUAACUUAGUGCAGGCCACCUACUGGCACGAUCCGAUCAUGGAGAACCACUACCGCCUGGGCAGCACAUUCCUGGCCAACAUUAACAACGAGCUGUACCUCAACACCUAUUACGUAGAGAACCUCCAGAAGCUAAAGAAAUUCGUGAUGGUUAUGUUCCUGAACGAUACGAUUGUCCAGCCGAAGGAGUCCCAGUGGUUCCAAUUCUACACCAGCGGUCAGGACAGAAUCAUCCAGCCUUUCAAUGAGAGCAAAGCCUAUCAAGAUUUGCAUUUGGAUAAGAUGGAAAGCGAGGGAAAACUGGUCUUCCUCGGCAUUGAAGGUGAUCACUUGGCCAUAUCCAAAGAGUGGUUUAUCAAGAACAUAGUGCCUCUUCUACUCGAAAAAUGAAAUACCAUAAAAUUUCAAACCGAAACGUGAUAAAAAAAAAAGGAGAUAUUUUACCCAUGAUUAAAGGAGAGUGCUCCAGAUUUAAACUAUGUUUUGAUACCAUAUAUACUUUUAUACAUGUUUAAUUAGAUAUUUAAUAAAUUCAGUUGGGACAUACAAAA